CCCACCCUAAAUUGACUACUAUAAAGCUCGUACUAAUCCUAUUUCAAAAUGCGAACUCUUCCAGAGAAGCAAAUCUAGGGCUUCAACUCGAUUCCAUCACACUUGAGGCAUAACAGAAGGAUUUGAGUUGUCUUGUCAGAUGGCUGGGCCUUUUUCAGGAUAUUUUGGGCUUGCACCCAAGACCAAGAAUGUUGUGGUUGCUGGAGGUUUGACAGCAUUUGUCUUUGGGGUCUAUUUCUACACUAUGAGGGCUGUUGGUGGUACUGAUGAACUUCAGGUAGCUAUUGACAAGUUUGAAGAGCAUAAACGUAGGAAUGAGACUGAACCGAGCUUGGAACGCAAGGCGUAAUAGUCAUACUCUCCGCAUAUUUAUAUAUAACUAUGUAAUAAUGAUGGGUGGGUGAGCGAACUUUUGCCCAUUUUUGCUAAUGAAUCUUUUCUGGACGUACAUAUUUUGUUGUAUUUCGCUUGCUA